GGGGUGUCUUGAAGAACCGGACCUCCAUUGUAGCUAAAUAUAGCGCUGGCGCGACUUAAUGUAUUAUUUUGUUUGACUGAGUUUGGCAUUAUCUUUGCCCUAACAAUGCCCUGGUUAAGCUAAGCUGACUUCACCGGGAUCUGGAGAAAGUUGUGGAUACGCCUUUAUGAAUUUGUUAAGAAUUCUGAAAGGUUUGCGAAGAUUGGCAACUAAUAAACUAUAAACAUAUGGCAGCAUUAGCCAGGCUUCAGAAUGUCCUGAGGACUGUCGCUGGUAGGGCUACUAUCUCAUCCGGUGGACAACAUCAAAUGUAUACAUCAUCGGCAUUGGUUCCCAGAGUAACAUCCUCCAGAUGCAGUAGUACAGGACCAACUAAUCCAACCCUGAGUGUGCAUCCAGAGUCCAGCUUGUGUGAUGAGGUUGUCAACAUUGAGGCAAAUGGGUUGUCCCCAGGGCAACUGGUCACUCUCAAAGCUCAUGUCUACACAGAGAAUGGGAAGUACAGAUUUGAGUCAAGAGCUCACUACAAAGCUGAUGCAGACGGCAAAGUAAGAGUUCAAAAGGACCCAUCACUCGGAGGGAGCUAUGAGGGUAUUGAACCAAUGGGCCUCUUUUUAGCCAUGGAACCAGGCCCAGAGGUGGCCCACAAAUACCCUCGGUUGGUCAAAUGGGAUGUUACAACGCCUUUCAGUUACACACUUGAGCUCAUCGAUGGAGACGAAGGUCAGGAGAAGGUCAUCACCUCUACGUCAGCUGAAAGAAUGUUCUUAGCGGACUAUGUUGAAAGGAUACCAGUUAAGAUGGGCGAGGCAGAAGGGGUACUCUUUUUGCCUAAACAAAGAGGAUCAUCAGAUCCACUACCUUUCCUAAUCGACAUCCGAGGUCUUCUCACCAAUCUAGUUGUAGACCGUGCAGCCACGCUAGCUUCUCAUGGGUUUGCUGUCUUUGCAUUUGAUUACUUCAUGCCACGCAGACUGAAGAGUCAAGAGAAAAAUGUUUACAUGGACAGCCAAGCAUUCCUUGACAUCAUAGAUUUUGUCAAGGCACAUCCCCGGCUAGAUGAGAACAGGAUAGGAAUGACAUCUUCCUGCUAUGGAGGGGCAAUGAUGCUUCAUGCUGCUACUAGACUUGAUCUGCCAGUCAAGUGCAUGGUUGCAGCUGGAUUUGUUGAUAUACUGUGUGUGAAUGUUGGAUGGAAAAACCUGGAUGGGAGUCUACUCGAACCUGCAGGCCCAAUGGAAGAUUUUGUAAGGACCUGGACAGAUGAGAAUGGCAAGAGCUGGCUUUCACUCAAGAGAGAUACAGAUGAGAAUUUCAUUGAUCUUACCAAAAAAUCGCAAGACGCCCAUUUUUGUCUGGAGGAGAAUUUAGAAUGUCCAUUACUUAUGUUUUUUCAUGCGGAUGAUCACCAUAUUCCAUCAUUGGAAGCAACCACUGAUCUGAGAGAUCGUUUGGAGAGAGCUGGCAAGGGUCAUUUGGUAGAGUUUGAGCUACUGCCUGGAACAGGUCACUUUUUGGAGGUCCCAUACCAAGCAAUCAACACCAUCUCCAGCCUCUAUGAUCCAACCACACUUCAAUCUCCUAAAUUAUACUUCACUGACUACGGUGGUAGUGAUACCAAGCAGGGAAUGAAAGACCAGGUGUAUGCCUGGAGAAAAAUCGUGAAUUUCUUCCGGAAACAUCUUGAUGUGAAAGAAAUGUAUCGCAGUGAUUGGAUCUCAUCCUAGACCGGACGAUCCUCUUCUCAUUCUGUGUGUAAGAUUGAUACAGGUAGUCUGGUUUGUGGAGGGAUAGAGUUUUUAUUUACUCAUUAGCUGCCAAGCAGUGCUUGUACCAUUUAAUACAUGUAAUUGUUUAUCUGUAUGCAUUGGGUAAUUUGAAUAUUACUCCUAUUAUAGUAUAGGAGAAUGAAAAAAACAAAAAAACAUUCAAAUCUGAAAAAUAUCGGUCAAAAAGAGGGCGACAGAAAAAAGUUUAAAAA